CUGUUAUUAUUUUCGUACAGAUAGUGGUGUGUAUCUAUGAACAUAGUAUAAGUUGGAUGUGGAAAGUAGAGGAUUUUGUACGUGAAACGUUAUUAAACGUUCAAAUCCAAAAUGACAUCCGUGGACUCUGGAAUUGAAACAAGUAAUAACUCCGACGAUAGUUCGAUUGCUCAAAAUGAAGAUAUAGUAACCGAAGAAAUUAAUAAUGAUUCAGCUUCUGCAAUGAUAACUAAUAAUCAAAAUGAAGUAGAAGAGAUUAGACCGGGCAUUUUUCAUACGAAAUUUAGUUCAGAUUGGUCUCUUUGUUUAUCAAAUAGCAAUGUCCAAAAUUCCAUACCAACAAGUAGUUCAAGACCACGUUUCGAUGUAUCUCCUAAUAAUGUUUUAGAGAUUAAGUUUCCUUUGAGAUGUAAAUCUAAAACAGCAACAGCCAGGUCUUUUUUAGUAAAUAGAAAUGUUUAUUAUAGGAAAAUAAAAUUUGUCAGUGGGGCACGUAAAAAUCAUCAUCUUGUUCCUAUAUUUGAUGUUCAUACCCGUCUCAUUGAACACAGAAUGAGAAUUGCUGCGGCAACAAACAAUACCAUAAUGAUGAGAACUCUUUUAAAUUCUGGUGCUUCUCCUAAUACUUGUGAUGCACAAGGAAGAACUCCUCUUCAUCUUGCCUCUUGCAGAGGUUCUACAGAAAUGGUUCGUUUAUUAUUGGAACAUGGUGCAGAUCCAAAUCUUCGGGAUUCUGUAGGUAAUACACCAUUACAUUUAGCUGCUGUAACAAGCAAAAUAUCUGUGGUGACACUUCUUUUAAAUGCGGGAACGGACCCUCUAUGUUUGGACCAAUAUGGUUAUAAUCCAUUACAUUUAGCGCAGACAAAAUUAAAGUUAUUACAAAAUUGUGAAGGAGAAGCUAUAGUGAAAAUUAAAGAAGAAGUUCAGAAUAUAGUUAGUAUGUUAUUGGCAUAUUUGCAAAAGCACAAAGAUUCUCAUAAAAAAAUGGAAACUUUGAGCACUUUAUGUUCGCGUUUAUCUUUAUCGAACACAUCCAAUCAAGUUCAGGAUGAUGUAAAAGACUUGUUGGCUAAUUUAGAUGCUUUAUCAAUAACACAGUAAUCUCAUAUUUACAUUAACAAAUUAUUAAUUUUAUAAAUAAAUUGAAUAUGAUAUGGAACUCAAAGAGGGAUCAAUAUGAAUUAAAUUUUUAGUUA